CAUUUCAUUUCAAAAGGGCCAAGAAUGACUAUGGAUUUGAAGGCUCUCUGCUCCAUAGGAGGAUGGGCAGUUUCUGUAAUUUGCUUUAGGAACGUAAAGUCAUAUUCUUGGAUUUGUCAUGUGAGUUCUAAUGCAUAAUCAUUGUUCAAUUGGAACUCAAGAAUUACUAGCGUUCUUUUAAGAAAGGUGAUGUUGAGACGGCACGCAACCUGUUCGAUAAAAUGCCCCAAAAGAGUGUGGUCUCGGAACUGUGUGAUAUCUGAGCAUAUCAGAAAUGGGAUGCUGAAUGAUGCUCAGUAUAUGACGCAAUGCUAGUCAGAAAUGUUGUUUCUUGGACGGCCAUGUUAACUGGAGCUCCAUCUAAGCAAAAGAAAACUACAACUUUUUAAUGUGGUCAAAUCUAAGCCAGAGCUCAGUUAGGUUUGAGGGGCAUAAGUGCUCCAAUAGAUUAAAGGUAAGAAUAUUUUUGGGACCAAAAUCACAGGGGAAUGUAGUUGCUCUAUUUUUAAUAAUCCAACGGCAAUUUUGACCUUUUCCCCUUUGCUUUAUGUACCUGCUUCUGUCUGUUUAGCCUUGAUCAAACAAUUAAAGACUAUGCUGCUCAGAUUAGGUGUGUGUCGGAUCCUUCAAAGGUAAUGCACUUUUGGAGGAUCCGACAUGGGCGCGGCAACAAUUUGGAAGAGUUCGGGCAAAAUUGAUUAAAGAUUAGUUAGAACUAAGUAAGGUAAUUGUAGCAAUACAGGAUUUAGGAGUAGCUGCUACCUUUUCCUCGUGAUCAAGUGAAACAACCAUUGAGAAAAAGAAUGCGACGUCUAAAUCUUUUAACAUAAGAAAAACUCACAGCAAACUUUAACAAGAAAUUUACUCGUUCCACAUGGAAAAGAGACAGACUCGUUUUUCUUUCUUUUUCUGGACUAAAAUACUGUCAAACUUCCAACAUAUGGAUCGUUUCAGUGACUACUCCCAUGCCAAACAAAGGACCAAAAGAAGUUGAAUUGGGCGAAGCCAAACCACUAAAUACUAAUGGAGGAGUUUUCUUGACAUGGGAAAAUCUGUGCGUGAAAAGUGGCGACAAAGCAAUUCUUCAAGGUUUGACAGGCUAUGCAAGGCCUGGGGAGCUCUUGGCUAUCAUGGGUCCUUCUGGCUCUGGCAAAUCGACACUUCUUAACGCAAUAGCAGGGAGAUUAGGAUCCAACACAACACAGAGUGGAGAUAUUCUAAUCAAUGGCCGCAAACAAAGACUGGCAUAUGGAACCUCCGCCUAUGUGACUCAAGAUGAUACUCUAAUUGCAACACUAACAGUAAAGGAAGCCGUAUACUAUUCUGCUGAACUCCAACUCCCAAACUCCAUGCCAAAAUCAAAGAAAAAGGAAAUAGCAGACAUGACGAUAAAGGAAAUGGGGUUGCAAGAUGCCAUGGAAACAAGAAUUGGAGGAUGGAGCGGGAAAGGAAUAAGUGGAGGACAAAAGAGGAGAGUCAGCAUAUGCGUGGAGCUUUUAACUCGCCCGAAACUUCUCUUCCUCGAUGAACCAACUAGUGGACUUGAUAGUGCAGCGUCUUAUUAUGUCAUGCAAAGAAUUGCACGCCAAUGCCAAGGGAGAACAAUCAUUGCCUCAAUUCAUCAACCUGGUGCUGAAGUUUUCGGUCUAUUUCAUUCUCUAUGUCUUUUGUCUUCUGGCAGAACUGUGUAUUUUGGCCCUGCUAGUGCAGCAACUGAGUUUUUUGCAUUGAGUGGUUUUCCUUGCCCGACUCUCCAGAAUCCCUCUGAUCAUUUUCUCAGAACAAUAAACAGUGACUUUGAUCAGGACGACAUAGAAGAAGGUUCAACUAGGAGGCAACCAACAGAAGAAAUGAUAAAUAUCCUGAUAAAGUCGUACAAAGCGUCCGAGAAGUCCGAAGCAGUUGAAUGCCAAGUUGCUGAAAUCUGCAAGCAGCAUAUACAGGAAGGUGAAGUGCUGGAGAAAAGAAGCCAGGCCGACUUCACAACACAAAGUCUUGUUUUGACAAAAAGAUCAUUUGUGAAUAUGUCCCGUGAUCUUGGCUACUACUGGCUCCGACUAGCUGUUAAUGUUACCUUAACUUUAGGUGUUGGAACUAUCUACUAUCAUGUUGGCUUUUCCAUUGCUUCAAUUCAGGCAAGAGGUUCCAUGAUUAUGUUUGUGGCUUCAUUUAUCACCUUUAUGGCCAUUGGUGGAUUCCCCUCUUUUGUGGAAGAUAUGAAGGUAUUUCAACUAGAACUACUAAACGGUCACUAUGGCUCUGGUUCUUUUGUCAUUGCCAACACACUGUCUGCUUUGCCAUACUUGCUACUGUUGUCUUUGAUCCCAGGAGCCAUUGCUUAUUUCCUCACUGGGCUCCAAAAUGGAUUCGAGCAUUUCGUCUACUUUGCUUUGGUCCUCUUUACCUGCAUGACAUUGGUUGAGAGCCUAAUGAUGAUCGUAGCAAGCAUCGUGCCUAAUUACCUCAUGGGGAUAAUAGCAGGAGCAGGAAUACAAGCCCUUAUGAUACUAAGUGGCGGAUUCUUUCGAUUGCCAAAUGAUUUGCCUAAGCCGUUCUGGAAGUACCCUAUACACUACAUGGCAUUUCAUAAGUAUGCUUAUGAAGGGAUGUUCAAGAACGAGUUUGAAGGGCUAAAAAUUUGCGAUGAUCAGCACAAUAAGGGUGAAAUUCAAAUGAUCAACGGGGACGAUAUUCUGAGAGAUACAUGGCAAAUUAAGAUGGAUUACUCAAAGUGGAUGGACCUUGUCAUUUUACUCGGGAUGGUAGUUUUGUACCGGAUAUUGUUCUUGCUCUUUAUCAAGGUUGGUGAAAAGGUUAAGCCAGCUAUAAGAUCAUUCAUGUCUAUCUCGCCUUACGAAAUCAAUUCUGCAGAAAGACCUUUGGACGAAUUUGCUUCCUAAAAUAUGUAUCCUUUGUUUUUUUCAUAACGAUGAGACUUACUUGGGAGCACUUGCUCCUAAGCACCGGUCAUGAUCCUAAAUUGGGUCGUGACAGAAUAUGUUCUUGAAUUUAUUCAAGAUGUGAGUAAUACUCAAAUUGGCGAAGAAUAUGGGCCAUGGGUUCCAAAUAUGAGUGUGUAUACCGUCAUUGAUGAUACAUAUGAUGCUUAUGCUACUUAUAACGAGCCCGUGCCUUUCACAAGUGCAAUCAAGAGGUAAACACAUAAGUCUCCCAUUGCUUUCGCAAACAAGUGGGGACAACCCCCAAAAAAGGAGUAUUCCACGCGACAAAGUCAAUAAUCAAUCUUUGUCCUUUAGACUAUGUUAUAAGUCAAGCAGGUUGCUGGAAAUAAACAUAGUUGAAAAGAAAAAAGAAAGUUAUAUAUAAAGUACGUAUAAGACUACUCUUAAUUAAUGAUGUGAGAGGUUUUGAAUAUUGAAAUCUAUUGAGUGCAGAUUGAACAGUAUUUCGAUGAAACUUUGUGUACUACAAUAAUGCCUAAGUGUUAGUUGUAAAGACAAU